AUGGAUAAGUGGAUAAUAAAAAAACCUAAACUUGAUGUAGAGAGUAGAGACCAACAUGAUACAAAUUAUAACAACGAUCCAAACUUUAAGAGAUCAGAAAUAAAUGAAAUUAGUUCAGGUGAGGCUAUUAUUUAUUUUAUUCAUCUUAUAGAAUAAAACUAUUAUUAAUACUUAAUACUUAAUAGGUUUAAAUGAGUCAGCAGCUAGUACCAGUACACAAAUACACUCGCAAACUUAUGAUUCUGAUAUUGGUACCUAUGAAGGAAAAACGAUUAAUAAAGAUGAAAAGUACAAGCUUUUGAAAAAUCGAUGGAUACCAAAUGAGUUUUAUAAAUUUCCCAUCAGUGGAACAAGAAAACUCAAAUUCCAAAGACACUGGUUACUGGAAUUCCCUUGGCUUUCAUAUUCAGAAAAAUUAGACGGCGCUUUUUGCCUAUUCUGUUUUUUAUUUUGUUCUAAAGAAGUGGGAAAAGGAAGUCAUAUCUCCACAAAGGCCCUCGUAGUGACUCCAUUCAAUCGUUGGAAAGAUGCAAAAGAGCAAUUUCGUUAUCACACAAAUUUAGAAUACCAUAAAACUGCUUGUAUUAUUGCUCAGAAUUUCAUAGAUGUACACGAAAAAAAAAAUUUUUGAUGUUAGACUUCAGCUUAAUACAGCUCGUUUGGCGACAAUCGAACAAAAUCGGAAAAUGUUAUCAUCUAUUAUUGAAACAAUAACUUUAACUGGAAGGCAAGAAAUUGCCUUAGGAGGUCAUCGUGAUUCAGGUCCAAUAUCAUCGGAACUUCCAGCCUAUAAUGACGGAAAGUUCUGUGCGUUGUUGCGUUUUUCGUGCAGUUUCGGGAGACAAUAA